AAUCAGGGGGGCGCCACGUCCGAGAAGAAAAGAACAGAGAAACAUAUAAAACUUCGUAUCUGUCAAGUCAACCAUAUAUCAUUUAUUUUUUCCCUCUACCACUUAAAAUAGUUCUUUAAGAUCACGGGCUCAGAACUCGACGCUGAGAAAAUGUUCAUGUCUUGGAUUCUGUUCAUUCUUUUCUUCUUCCCAUUUUGCACUGCCAUUGACACCUUAACACCUAACCAAUCCAUCCGGGACUGGCCGGACGGCCAAUCUUUGAUGUCCAAAGAACAGAAUUUCGAAUUAGGCUUCUUCAGACCCGGCAACUCUAGCUAUCGGUAUCUGGGUAUUCGGUUUGUCAAAGUGAAAGAACAAACUCUGGUGUGGGUAGCGAACAGGGAUGAUCCUAUCAAUGGUUCCUCCGGAUCAGUUCUCUCAAUCAACCAGCGCGGAAACCUUGUCCUCUAUGAUAGUUAUAACCAUUCUCUGUGGUCUACAAAUGUUUCUGUUCCACGGACAACCUCCACUGAAGCUCAGCUUCUAGACUCAGGAAACCUGGUAUUGGUCGACCGGGAAGAUAACAAGAGGGUUUUUUGGCAAAGCUUUGACUAUCCCACAGAUACUUCGCUUCCAGGCAUGAAGCUUGGGUUGAAUCGGAGAACCAGGCUGGACCGGUUCUUAAUAUCUUGGAAGUCACAAGAUGACCCCGGAACAGGGGAUUUCCUCUAUAAGCUAAAUCCCACAGGCUCUCCACAGUUCUUCUUGUAUAAUGAUUCGACGCCGUAUCGGCGGAGUUGGCCAUGGCCAUGGCCGUGCUCGUUAGCAAGAACAAGAACGUUGGAUUAUAAGAGCAAUUUUGUUUACAAUCAAGACGAGAUAUCUUACACCUACUUUCUUGAUGACCCCUCGAUCAUUACGAGAUUAGUCCUGCAAACCUCUGGUUUCCUCCAGCUACUUCAGUGGGAUGAUGGUGAUCUUCAAUGGAAGGAACUCUGGUCAGCACCAAGAUACCGGUGUGAGAAGUAUGGACUAUGUGGUCCAUACAGUACAUGUAGUCCUGACAAUUUUAACAAGUUUGAGUGUACGUGUUUGCCAGGAUAUGAACCCAAGAAUCAAAAGGAUUGGUAUCUCAGAAAUGGUUCUGAGGGGUGUGUGAGGAAGCAGAUGGGGCUUCCGAUGUGCGGGAAUGGAGAAGGGUUUGUGAACGUGGGGCCUUUGAAGGUUCCUGAUACAUCCGAUGCGGUUUGGGUGGGCAUGAGUAUGAGCAGCGCAGAGUGCAAGCAGGCGUGCCUGAAGAAUUGCGCUUGCACAGCUUAUGUCAGCCUGGAUAUUAAUGGGACGGGGACUUCUUGUUUGGUAUAUUAUGGUAGAUUGAUGGACAGUUCGGUGAAUACAGAUGAAGGGUGGGAUCUAAAUGUUCGAGUGGAUGCGACUGACUUAGUGAAGUAUAAAACGAAGUCCAAAGGUUUUCUUGGCAACAAGCGUAAGCUGGCUAUUGCAGUAUUUUCUGUUGCUUUGCUAUUCUUUGUGGUAUCUUUACUAGCCUGUAUGUGGUUAAUGAAGAAGAGGAAAACAAAAGUGAAGAGAAAAUCGAACAAUCAAUCAUUAAGUUUUACUGGUACCAAAAGCUCUUUCGAGGGAAAUCAGCUGGCGGAAAACAAUGGACAUCCGGAUAUACUUGUUUUCGAUCUAUGCUGUAUAGUUGCUGCCACUGACAAUUUCUCCCCGACCAACAAACUUGGGGAAGGUGGUUUUGGCUCUGUUUUUAAGGGUCAAUUAUCUGACGGACAACAAGUAGCUGUAAAAAGGUUGUCCAGGAGUUCAGGACAAGGAAUAGAAGAAUUCAAAAAUGAAGUCAUGUUGAUUGCGAAACUUCAACACAGGAAUCUUGUCAAGAUUUUAGGCUGUUGCAUUGAGGGGGAAGAAAAGAUGUUGAUUUAUGAGUACAUGCACAACAAAAGCUUGGACUUCUUUAUCUUUGAUCAUACAAGAAGUUCAUCCCUGAAUUGGAGUAAACGCUUUGAAAUCAUCAUGGGGAUUGCACGUGGGAUUUUGUAUCUUCAUCAGGACUCGAGAUUAAGAAUAAUUCAUAGAGAUCUUAAAACAAGCAAUGUUCUCUUAGAUGCUGAGAUGAACCCCAAAAUUUCAGAUUUUGGAAUCGCCCGUAUAUUUAAUGGGGACCAAAUUCAAGAUAAGACAACCAGAAUUGUCGGAACAUAUGGUUAUAUGCCCCCGGAGUAUGCAGUAUUUGGGAAGUUUUCAACAAAAACGGAUGUCUUUAGCUUUGGUGUCAUAUUAUUGGAGAUCGUAAGUGGAAAGAGAAACAACGGCUCGUAUCAUAAACAUCCUUCCCUAACAUUGAUAGGGCAUGUCUGGGAACUAUGGAGAGAAGAUGGAGUUCUGGACAUAGUUGAUUCAUCAAUAAGCGGGUCAUAUGUUUCCCAUGAAGUCUUGAGAUGCAUUCAAGUUGGGCUUCUAUGUGUGCAAGAAGAUGUAAUGGAUAGACCAACCAUGUCGGCAGUUCUUCUCAUGCUGAGUAGUGAAGCAACUGCUCUUCCUUCUCCUAAACAGCCUGCUUUCAUUUUCAGAAGAGAUUCCAGUGAUUUGGAUUCAGUCGAAGGUGGAGGACUUAAUUCUGCAAAUGAGGUGACAAUAACUGAUGUUGAACCUCUCUUCGAAGAGAAUCAAAACGUCAUGGAAUCAAUGAAAGUGAGAGGUUGGAUAGGUGGAAGGACUAAUGAGCCUUUACGUCUUCUUUCACAAAUUUGUUUCGCAAUUAUCAAUUUAAACUAUUCUUUGGACGUUCCAAUGUUCAAGUCUUUGAUUCUAGUCGUUCUUUUCUUCUUCCCAUUUUGCUCGUCCAUUGACACCUUAACACUAAACCAAUCCAUCAAGGACGGCCAAUCUUUGGUGUCCAAAGAGAAGAAAUUCGAGUUAGGCUUCUUCAGCCCCGGCAACUCUAGCUAUCGGUAUCUGGGUAUUUGGUUUUUCAAUGUGCCAGAACAAAAUAAGGUGUGGGUUGCCAACAGGAAUGAUCCAAUCAAUGAUUCCUCCGGAGUUCUCUCAAUCAGCCAGAACGGAAACCUUGUCCUCUACCACAGUUAUAACCGUUCUCUAUGGUCUACAAAUGUUUCUGUCCCAGCGACAACCUCCACAGUAGCUCAGCUUCUAGAUUCAGGAAACCUGGAAUUGGUCGAGGGAGACAACAGGAGGGUGUUAUGGCAAAGCUCUAACGAUCCUACAGAUACUUUGCUUCCAAACAUUAAGUUUGGGUCGAAUAAGAAAACAGGGCUGGACACGGUCUUAAGAUCUUGGAAGUCACAAGAUGACCCCGGAACAGGGGAUUGCCUCUAUCAGCUAAAUCCUACCGGCUCCCCACAGUUCUACUUGUAUAAGGGCUCGGCCCUGCAUCGGCGGAGUUGGCCAUGGCCAUGGUUGUUAUCAGUACACAAAACAUCGGUUGAUUCACUUGAAUACAAUGUCAAUUUUGUUUACAAUCAAGACGAGACGUCUUACUCCUACUUUUUCGAUGACCCCUCGAUCAUUACGAGAUUAUUCCUUAACAACUCUGGAUCGAUCCAGCUACUUAUCUGGAAUGAUGAUGUUCUUCAAUGGAGGGAAAUCUGGUCAGCACCUAGAUACCGGUGUGAGAAGUAUGGACUAUGCGGUCCAAAUGGUAUGUGUAUGGACUAUGAGUGUGCGUGUUUGACAGGAUAUGGACCCAAGAAUCAAAGGGAUUGGUAUCUUAGAAAUGGUUCUGAGGGGUGUGUGAGGAACCAGUUGGGGUUGUCUAUGUGCGGGAAUGGAGAAGGGUUUGUGAAGGUGGUAGGUUUGAAGGUUCCUGAUACAUCGAAUGCUGAUUGGGUGGGCAUGAGUAUGAGCAGUGCAGAGUGCGAGAAGGCGUGCUUGAACAAUUGCAAUUGCACAGCUUAUGUCAGCGUGGAUCUUAAUGGGACGGGGACUGGUUGCUUGGCAUAUUAUGGUGACUUGAUGGACAGUUCAGUGGAUGAUGAUGAUGGGGGGGAGCUAAAUGUUCGUGUGGAUGCGAUUGAGUUAGCCAAGUAUAAAACGAAGUCCAAAGGUUUUCUUGCCAAGAAUCGGAAGGUGGUUAUUGCAGUAUUAUCUGUUGCUGCGCUCUUGUUUCUGGUAUCUUUGCUAGCCUGUCUCUGGUUAAUGAAGAGGAGGAAAACAAAAGGGAGAAGACAGUUCACACUGUUUAAUGAUGUUACUACUAGUUCACCAACCUUUCAAGAUACUGCAAAGCUUGAUGAAACUGGUAGAAAACCAGAUGUACAAUUUUUUGAUGUGAGCACCAUCAUUGCUGCCACAGACAAUUUCUCCCCGGCUAAAAGGCUUGGACAAGGUGGUUUUGGCCCGGUCUAUAAGGGUCAACUAGCCAAUGGAAAAGAUAUAGCGGUGAAAACACUUUCAAGAAGUUCAAAACAGGGAAUAGAAGAAUUUAAGAACGAAGUUAAGCUAAUUGCAAAACUUCAGCAUAGGAAUCUUGUGAGGCUUUUUGGUUGUUGCAUUCACAAAAAAGAGAAGAUGUUGAUCUAUGAAUACAUGCCAAACAAAAGCCUAGACUUUUUCAUCUUCGACGAAAUAAGAAGGAAAUUGCUAGAUUGGAGGAAGCGAUUUGAAAUUAUUUCUGGAAUUGCUCGAGGAGUCUUAUAUCUUCACCAAGAUUCAAGGCUAAAAAUCAUCCACAGAGAUCUAAAAGCGAGUAACGUACUACUGGAUGCAGCAAUGAAUCCAAAAAUUUCUGAUUUUGGGUUGGCUAGAAUGUUUGGUGAUGAUCAAAAUGAAGCAAAUACAAGCAAAGUUGUUGGCACAUAUGGAUACAUGUCUCCAGAGUAUGCAAUGGAAGGGAUAUAUUCUAUAAAAUCAGAUGUCUUUAGCUAUGGUGUCUUGACGCUAGAGAUAAUUAGUGGCAAGAGAAACAAUUAUCAUCACAUUGGAAGUCCUAGCCUAAAUUUGAUUGGACAUGUAUGGGACAUAUGGAUGGAAGGAAAAGCCUUGGAAAUAGUCGAUUCAUUAUUGGGUCAGGAAUAUCCUCCUCAAGAAGUUUUGAGAUGUAUUCAAAUUGGGCUCUUAUGCGUGCAAGAACAAGCCACAGAUCGGCCAACCAUGCUUGAAAUUCUCUUCAUGCUUGGAAAUGAAGCAACUGUUCCAUCUCCUAACAAGCCAGCAUUUAUCAACAGACCCAUAAAUUCUGGUCAGGAUUCCUCAGGUUCUAAAGGAGCACCUGCUUCUCUAUAUGAGAUGACCAUCACCAUGCCUGAAGGUCGUUGAAGUCUUCUCUCAUGAUCAGGAGUCACCUACACUGACCACACGACUUUUCUCCACCAUCACGGGUCACCCCUCCAUCAGGUUUUGCUCCCACGAGUGCAUGCCAUGCGUUGUCGUGGCAUGAGUGGGCUGUACGUGAUGUCUCCCCUUUUGGUUCCAUUCGGUAUAUAUCUGAAAGUCCUCUAUCCCUGCUCCUCUAGCUCUCUCUUUUAGUGGAUCCAUUUUGGUGCAAUGAAAUUUCUUUUUGACUUUGGUGCAAAGAAAAUUACAAGUUUUUGGAUGGACU